AUUAGAAAUGGCUUGUUUGUUGUGUUUCAGAGUUGCAGUUUAUUUUUGAUCAACAAAUUGUUUUGGAGUUGAUGGAAAUUUUUUGAGGUGAAUUUUUCAAGGAUAUGCAGGAAAUCUGAGGUACCUUACGCCUCAUGGCUCAAGUGCGAAAAGCGUCAGGUCGAGAUCGUGCUACUGAAACUACGAGAGAGCUACCUCAAGCUAUAUCGAGGUACAUCAAAAGGGUGUAAAAAAACCAGCUUAUGGAUAACUCAUAAACUGCGUCAAUUUAGAAAAAGGAAAAGGGGAAGGGGAUGGCGGUUCGGGAGUUGGAUAAAGCUUUUCAGUUUGUUUUCAGUUUCUAAAUUAGAACAACAACAUUUUAUCCACUCGCUCAAGCUACUCCUUCUUCAUCUCACUCCUGAUGAUGGGAUGAUCCCUUCAUGUCACUGUAGAUUUUGGCCCUACAGUCCGAGAAUGAAUUUCCUUUUAUUAUUUUUUCAAUUUUGAUCGGAUCAGAUUUAAGUCUGACUACAUCCUUAUGGGUCAACAAAAAGCUUAGUAAGUGAAAUCAGUUUUCCUGAUGGGUGUCACACAGUACAUCCCCGGGGGGGGCACUUUAGGAAUUUCUGGGUGGGGAUGUGCCGCUGGGAGCCUGGAACCCUUAACCUUUACCAGAGCUAGUUCAGCUGAAUUUUGCUACCCUAUACUAGAGUAAACUCCCCAAAUCCCCCUAUCCUAGAGUAGCUGUGUACCUAGUCUAGAUAAAAUCUUCAACCAACUGAUCAGUUUCGAUCCUGAAAAAUGAUACCCUAUACUAGAGUAAACUCCCCAUAUCCCCCUAUCCUAGAGUAGCUGUGUACCUAGUCUAGAUAAAAUCUUCAACCAACUGAUCAGUUUCCUGAAAAAUGAUACCCCAUUCUAGAGCCAAACGCUCUGAUUUAUAUACCCUAUCCUAGAGUAAACUGCUUGAAAACCAUACCCUUCACAGCGGCACAUACCUAUAUAGCCCAUAUAUGGCAGUACCCCCCCCGGGAGUACAUCACACAUACAAUCAAGAAAUGAACAGCACUCAGCCUGCAUGAAAGGCACCUUACAAGCCAAGUGAGGCAAACAUGUGAAAUGCCCCAUUUGCCUUGCUUGGUUCAUAAAAUGGGUCUUAAUUAGUGUAAAUUUUGGGACUAUUAGCUUUUAAGUUGUUCAAGUAAUGAGAACUAUUGUUCUUUUGUGAAGCUAUAUAAGCCAUGCCACUCUGUGUUUCAUUAUUUUGAUAUCCAAAUGCCUUGAAGUUGGUCAUAUAAGACUUGGUAGUGCCUUGCUUUGCAACUUACAUCUUAGUGUCUUGAUAUUGGAUGAAACACUGCUUGUCAUAUAUUUUUGAUUUAUUAUUGGUACUUCAAUUUAUACAAACAGGUCUUCUUCAGCUGGAUCCAUUAGAAAAAGCAUCACAAAGGUAAAACUACAAAAGAAAAAUCGUUAAGGUGUUAAUCUUUUGUACUGAUCAAUUUACUGCUAGGGAUUUGUUUUUGUUAGAAAUGAGACAGUAGGGCCAUUUAUACAAGGAAAAAUAAGACGCGUCUUAAAUAAGACGCGAACUGUACCAUUUCUACGAGCAUGUCUUAUCUAAUAAGACGUGUCUUAGCUAAGCCGCAUCUUAUUUUAGACGAAAUGUGCCGUUUAUACAGAAAGUUGGUGUCUUAUUUAAGAUGCGUCUUAUGUAAGACGCGUCUUAUUUUUCCUCGUAUAAAUGGCCCUAGUGUUCCCUCUUUCUUUUUUCUUUGUUCCCUACUACCUAGCCUAUCCCAGACUAGCUGACUAUGGCCUUAUGAACCAGAAACUGCGGUUCCUCAUAACACCCUUAGGUUUUCCUUAGAUAAUAUCCUACUCUAGGCCUAUCCUCAUAUCCUAUCCUCUGAUUUUUAUACCCUCUCCCAGCCCAGACUGCUUACAUACCUUACCUUUCAAAGCAGCAUAUGUAUACAUUAAUAUAGCCUAUAUAUGGUAAUGAUCUGGCCCCCACCCUACAGGUGUGUCCUUACUGGGUCCAAUACUAACAACUUUGUUGAGGUGCUGCCUUGUACCUGCAAAGCAGCUGCAUGUCCUUGCUGCUUUUGAAAGGUUAUUUGAACAUAGUGUGACAGAGGUAAUAAAAGUUUGUUUUGGCUGAGCGUUGCCUAAACAUCAGUGGUGGAAAAAUUUUCUUCUUUAAAGUGUGACUAAUAUUAUUGUAUUGAUUCAAUGUGAUUAUACACCAGGUACCUUCAGAAGGCCUGAUUGUUCUUCCACCAGGUUAGCAUAUUUUGAUGGGAAAACCACGAUUAGAAAUGAACUAAGAGGUCUAAGGUUAGAAGUAUAAUAUCAAUUUUCUAAAAACGAGCCCAGCUUGGAGCAACCAACCAGUUUAUACUGUCAUUAUCAGGGACUAGUAUUGGAGUGAAAAAGUGCUACCCAGAAACCUACCCUCCUGUAAGAUAGAAAUUUUGUUGCCAGUAUAUGGCCUUGCUCUCCAAGAGUUCUCCGUAGCUGAAGAGGAUAGAGUGCCUGCCCAGUGUUUGGGAGGUUGUAGGUUAGAAUCCUGUUGGGGACUCAGAUUUUUUCUUUGUCCCACGCUCGUGACAUGCUGAUUAUUUCAUUUUCACAUGAUAUUCUUUUUUCACACUGUAAAUGUUAUGUCUCUAGGUAAGUAGAGUCUGUCAACAACUGGUAAAUGGCAUUUUGUUUUAUAGAUAAAGAAUUUGUUAGAUUUGAAAAUGGCGGUGGUUCCAGUACAAAUUGUGUGAGUGCUGUCAGAGUUGGGAGCGCAGGGCGGGUGGAGAGGAACCUUCAGAUGGCAAGGAAAAAGGAACUGGAAGAUGAAAUUUCUACAGACAGUGCUGCAGCAUCUGGCAUCACUGCUGAUGGUAAUACAUUGAUUGAUUUGAUGAAGCAGUUAAUAAAAAAAUAAGUUUAAGAAAAACCAACAGAAAAAGUGCUGGUUAAUUCUGUGUUCUGACAGGCUAACCAAGUGGGAAAGAUGAGCCUAUCUUGCCUGCUCAAGAUCCUUUCCUGCAAGAAAAUAGGUCUUUUGGACAUGUAAUGGACAUAUUAUAUUAUUUUAUGUUAUUAUAUUAUUCACCAAUCAUUGACCAAGGUUGUUUGGCCAAGAUGGCUGGAUAGUGCCCUUUUUUGGUAGGGGAAAAUUGAAUUUGGUCAUGUUAAAAGCUUUUCAAUUCUUACCAGCCUUGAUACUUGCUCAAUAAUGAACCUUCUGUACAAUUACCAUUUUCCAUCAUUUAAUCUUUGUUGCUUUUCAUUUCACUGAUAGGAGAGUUACAAAAAGGAGAAACAAAAUGUAAACCAUUGAAACAGACCAAUAAGCUAGAUGCUAAAGUUGAUCAUAAAGAAGAAGAGGAAUCUGAAAGUUCAGACAGUGAUUCUUCAGACAGUGAUGAACCAGAAACAAGCGCAUCAGCAGCAGCAACAGAAGCAAAAGAGGGGGCUGCUCAGGCUCCUGUGGAACUUAAAGGAAAGGUAUGAAACAUUUGUGAAGGCAGAGUAGCUACCUGACAAAGAAAGAUUAGACAGUAAGUACGUACUGUUAAUCAUAACAAGGAAGUUUGAAAUAAGCACUCCCCUCAAAAUAGUGCAGCAGUGACAAGUCAAAUCAUUUAAUAUAAGUACCAAUGUGCUCUUUUGAGCAAUUUAGAAUGUGUAUAUAUAGCAUGUAAAAAUUUUUAAUUCUCCUUCUCCAAGGGUGACUUGAAUGUUCUGUCAUGUUCUGUAUAUAGAGGAUAUUACAUGGCCAUGCGGAGAUACGAAAUUUCUCUUUGAGUGUUAAGAAAUAUUUUUUCAACACGAGAAGAGAAAUUUUGUAUCUCCAAGCGGCCAUGUGCCAUGUAAUGUUCUAUUUAUUAUAUAAACACCAAUGAAAUACCAAACCAUUUCACUUUAAUAGUUUUUUGGUGUGAAAGGCGCGAUUUAUUAUGUAGCCAUAGCAACAGUGAUAUUUUCACAUGUGAUUUCACAUGUGAAGAUAUCAAGUUUUCGUGCAAAAGCUCACCCGGUAUUUAAUCGGUGUUUAUAUAAUAAAAAUAAUUAUUGUAUACACUCACGGAAUGUAACUUCACUUUAGUUCCUAAAGGCAGUCAUGGAUGAAGACUAUGAAAAUGCCAAAGAACUUUGUCAGAAGAGUAGGUUACUUACUUUUCACUGAGUUCGACUAAUGGUUUUAUUCUUAACUAUUUUCUUUAUUAUUACUUUACUCUUGAUUGUUCUCUACAAAAUGUUUUGUUAUUGGCUUAUUUACCACAGUUCUGUUGUUGGAGCCAGAUAAUAAAACAUGCAGUGAAUUUCAUGCUGUUAUUGUGGAGAAAAUUAAACAAGGUAUGAUUGCAAAUAUAGUUGAAAUACAUAAUUCUUAUAUGUCCACACUGAUAACAGUAGUUACUAUGGAAACUGUCUUGCAAGAAAUAAUCACAAUGCAAUGAAAAUCAACAUAUUGUAACAAGGGGGACAUGGGGGUUUAAGGUAUUGAGCUUUUUCCAAGUGGUAUUUUGUUAGUUUUGAUUUUAAUGUGCGGUAUUGCGGUAUCAUGUAGCCCUGCGGUAUAUGGUUUUGCAUCCUUUUGUUUAACGGUAUUCUCUAAAAGAAGAUCCUUUAUGGUAUUGCAGUACCAUUUACGUGCACUCACCUGUCUAAUACAGGUCAAUACAAUGUGCAGCAUGAACAACAGUAAGCUAAAUAGGUUAAUAAAAGUUAAUAUUUUAAGACUUUAGACUUAAUGGUAAAUGAUUACACAAUCUAUGACAAAAUUGGAAGGGCAUCCAAAGACCGGGCUUUUCGAUUGUUGCACCGAUCAAGGUCUUCUCUUGUUUCCUCACACUGUCUGAGGUUGAUUUCUGGUGCAUACAUGCUUGGGGUAAACAAACACGCGAGAUGGAUACAGCUUUAAGUAAAUGUGACCAAUCAUAAAUGCAGUAUUGGUAUUUCAUUGAUUUUUGACAUGGUAUUUCGAUAUUUGCCUAUUUUUCUUAUGGUAUUGCGGUAUUGGGUACCCCCCAAUGUCCCCCUCGGUAAUAGAUCAUGAUUUUGGAGGCUUUAAUUAGAAUGUUUAUUUCUUCUUUGUUGUGCCACAUAAUUCAGAAGACGAGAAGAGUGAUGAUAGUGAGGAAAGUACAGAAGAGAGUAGUGAUGAGACAGAAGAGGAUGAAAACCAAGAGAGCAGCGAAGAUGAUCAGGAUGAUGAUGAUAAUGAGGAAGAAGAUGAUGAAGACAAUGAAAGCAGCUCCGAUGAUGACUUUGCUUUACCACCAGGCCCUAUCAACUUAAUCAUGGGAGGACUUCCCAUUAGACCACAGAAAAGAUGA